AUGUUUACGAUUACUCAGGCUGAUGCUGAUGCCAACAACUCUGUGGUGUCAGAUGAUAUUUUUGUAUCUGGUAUUCUCACUCAUGCAUUAAUAGAUUCAAGUGUCACGCAUUCAUUUGCAUCCUUGACAUAUGUAAAAAGGUUGGGUAGAUCGUGUCAGAAAUUAUCUGAAGUUUUUAGUACAAUGUUACCAUCUAGAGAGAUUUUGUAUUCUACACAUUGGUUAAGGGGGGUUCCUAUUUGCAUUGAUGGUAGGGAAUUAUAUGUUGAUCUAAUAAUGUUAGAGAUGCACGAUUAUGAGGUGAUUUUGGGUAUGGAUUGGCUUUCAAAGUAUAAUGUCACUAUUGAUUGUAGAAAGAAAACAGUGAUAUUUAAGCCUUCGAAGGAAGUUGAGUUUAUGUUUAUUGGCACGACAUCAAAAAGUUGCAUUCCUUUAAUUUUUGUUAUGAAGGCCAGGCGACUAUUGGAAAGUGGAUGUAUGAGUUAUCUCGCUAGUGUGGUUGACUCUUAUAAGGAACAAAAUUUAAAACCAGAAGAUGUAUUAGUAGUUAGAGAUUUCUUAGAAGUGUUUCCAGAAGAUUUACCAAGAUUGCCUUCAGACAGAGAAAUUGAAUUUGUGAUCGAGCUACUUCCUGUUGCAGAUGUACUGAGUAGAAAGUCUCGUAGUAAUGUGUCAAUUUUUAGGAAAUUGACAAGACCACUUCAGGAGGACAUGCGUAGAGCAGAGAUUGAGGUAAUCACAGGAAGAUUAUCAGUAAUGACUAUUCAAUCUACCUUGUUAGAAAGAAUCAAACAAGGUCAAUGUGAGGAUCCUUACUUGGUGGAACAAAAAUGUGAAUUGGAAAGUGGGAAGGUCAAUGAUUUUAGUGUUAUGUAA